UCCAGACCGUUGAUCUCCUGGGCCCCACCUUCCAUGGAGUAUUGCACAUAACGAGACUUAACGGUGAAACCUAAAACCAAUCAAAGGUGGGACCCAUCAAAUUCAACGGCAUGUACCACUUAACGAUAGGCCCCAAGGAAGCUCUGCGGAGAUGCUACCAUUGCAAGUGUGUUUGAUCCGCACCGUUUAUCUGAUGGACCUUCUGUGAAUAUGUCCUAACCUGAAAAUCAGGUCAGCGGAUGGACGGCUACCUAUUUUUCUCUCUAGAAAUAUGAUGUUUACUGGACAGAUCGUUGAUCUAACACACAUCCACCGUGGGCCUUUGCAAAAGACGUCUCGGAUUCUUCACACGUGUGCUAACUCUGGAGGUGCGGAGCGCUUGCUCUUGGCGUUUGCAAGUGCGCGUGUGCAAGCAUAGCAGGAAAUUCAAAAGGAGGUAUCUGCGUAUCCCGCCCAGAGAGAGAAUUCGUUCGUUGUCGGGGGAAUGGCGAAAGAGGAUGAGAACGCCUACGAAGAAACUCGCAAGAAAAGACUCGAAGACAAUCUCAAGCGCUUCCAGGACUUGGGGAUUCUGAAGAUUUCCAAAAGUCUCUCAGAGGUCACAAAUUCUGGGAACAAGUUGGUGCAUCGUCAUGAGAAACCAAAAUCAAAGGCAAGCCUAGAAACGUUGGAGCUAAGACGUUCUUCACGAGGAAGGAACACUGUUACUUCAUACCGUGAAGUUGGUGAGGAUUUCCGCCAUUUCCGCCAUUUCUGCACAAGUUAUGGUAGAAGAUCAUCUACUGUGGAUCAUGCAGCUAGAACUGCAUCAUAUGAAGAGCGUGUGUCUGCAACGAAGAGUGCAGAGAAGCUCCAAAGUAAUUUAAAACCUGACCACCCAUCUUUUGUCAAGUCAAUGGUUCGAUCGCAUGUGUCUAGCUGUUUUUGGUUGGGUCUUCCACAUCAGUUUUGCAAAGAUCACCUUCCUAGAAAUGUGCUGAACAUGAUCUUGGAGGAUGAAAAUGGCUCAGAGUAUGAUACUGUCUACAUUGGUAGCCGAACAGGUCUUAGUGGUGGGUGGAAAGGUUUUGCCAUGGAUCAUAAACUGGGUGAUGGUGAUGCUUUAGUAUUUGAAUUGGUGGAGCCCACGAGAUUCAAGGUUUACAUAGUUAAAGCAUCUGAGAGUUUGAAUGAAGAUGAUGAUGAGAAACCCAUCAUCAAGGAAGCAAAACGUCAUGAGAAACCAAAAUCAAAGGCAAGCCUAGAAACGUUGGAGCUAAGACGUUCUUCACGAGAAAGGAACACUGUUACUUCAUACCAUGAAGUUGGUGAGUAUUUCCAGCAUUUCCGCACAAGAAAAAAAAAUUGUAACAGUUAUGGUAGAAAAUCAUUUACUGUGGAUCAUACAAUUAGAAUUGCAUCAUAUGAAGAGCGUGUGUCUGCAAUGAAGAGUGCAGAGAAGCUCCAAAGUAAUUUAAAAUCUGACCACCCAUCUUUCGUCAAGUCAAUGGUUCGAUCGCAUGUGUCUAGCUGUUUUUGGUUGGCUCUUCCACGUCGGUUUUGCAAAGAUUACCUUCCUCGAAAUGAGCUGAACAUGAUCUUGGAGGAUGAAAAUGGCUCAGAGUAUGAUGCCAUCUACAUUGGUAGCCGAACAGGUCUUAGUGGUGGGUGGAGAGGUUUUGCCGUGGAUCAUAAACUGGAUGAUGGUGAUGCUUUGGUAUUUGAACUGGCGGAGCCCACAAAAUUCAAGGUUUACAUGGUUAAAGCAUCUGAGAGUUUGAAAGAAGAUGAUAGUGAUGAAAAACCCAUCAUCAAGGAAGCAAAAUGUUCAGGUAAAUCAAAGAAGAACGAGAGUUUGAAUGAAGAUGAUAAUGAUGAAAAACCCAUCAUCAAGGAAGCAAGACGUACAGGUAAAUCAAAGAAGAACGACAAAGGAGAUGACAACAGUGAUGAAUCUGCUCAUAAGAAACUCCAAUUAGAAACUGAAUCCACCAAGCGGGCCAAGAGAGCAGCAAAACGUGGUAAGCUGUAGUAGCUUCAUACCCAGCUGCAAUGGUUGCAAGUGAAAACUCGUGACCAUACAGAAUCUGUGGGCUAUUUUAUUAUUAUUAUUAUUUUUUGAGUGAUUUUGCAUAUUGCAAUGUAACAUCGUGCAUUAAAUUUUGUCACUGUUAUAUAUCCCUUGAAAACAUCAUGCAUUGAGGAAAGCAGUUUUUGUAUGCAUGUUAAAAUCAAGUUCUAAUCAUCUGCAUGUAUUGGAUGAAUUAAUAUUUUUUUCCUUU